AACCCUACCAUCCCGUACACCACCGAAACCCUAAUUAACCAUUUCUCGCUCAUCACAACACCACCUCACCUCACUCCCCAACUAAAAAACAAUGGCUCACUACCAGGAGGUGGACUACUGCUCGGAGGAGGUGAGGUCGGUGACCCCCACCGGCGGCUUCCUCGGCCGCGGCGGCGUGCAGCAGCAGCACGUCGUCAAGGAGACGUUCCAGGAGAUCGACAGGUCCGGCUCCGGCCGCCACCACCACAACCACAACCACGGCAACGACUACCUGAUGGUGCGCGAGACCAAGGUGGAGGAGGACUUCAACACCUGCACCGGCGAGUUCCGCGAGCGCAAGCAGAGCUUCCUGCUCAAGUCCGACUGAUCGAACCUGCUGUGUGUACCCGUGUACGUACGUACGUAUAUGUGUGCCCGUACGUAGUCGUGGUGGUCAUGUGGUGGCUUAGCUCUACGUGUAUAUCGUGCGUGCGUGUGUACGUGCGUACACGGAGCUUAGCUAAUUAGCACCUUCUUCUCUGUGCGAUCACUACGAACGGAGAGGGGGGGUGUAUGAAAAAUAAAUUCGUGACCUGAAUAUAAUAAAGCUUGUCCUAAUUAUCACCGGUCGA